ACGUCUCUAGAGCCGUACGUGUGCUGUUAUGACAAAACACUCGUUGCGAUCGUAACGACGCGCGUCGUAAACAAAUUGAACCGACUUUACUACAGCGUUAUAUUACGUUUUACUUUUUUUUAUUAGCGUCUGAACCUUUGUUAUUUACUAAAUUAGAGUAGGAAAAAUGUGUUGGAUUUAUGUGUCUUCUACAAAAGUGAUUGAACAGGUGCAGCCCGCGAGCGGCAGAUAGUGUUGCGGUCAGACCGCUAGUGAACUCAGUGACUGUGUGAACGUUGUCGCGGUUGAACGCCGCCGUAGGGAUUUGUAAUAAGCAGCCGCUCUGUGCGGCCGAGCAUGACGAUGGACCAGCAGGCAGGCCUCAUGUCUCUUAACAUGUCCCCGUUCGAUCUAAGUCCAGGCCCUGAGGGAUCGGGCUCGGGCAGUGGACCCUCGGGAGCCUCACAGCAAUACGUGCCUCAAGGCGCAGCUUACCAAUGCACGUCAGACCAACAGCCUUUUGGCUACGCAAAUCUGGAUGCUUCUUAUUUAUUUCCAACAGGUACAGGGAGCGAACCUGGGUCAUAUUUGCCAACAGCUGGCAACGUUUGCGACCAAACAGAUACGAAAGACGUGAUCGAAGAACUGUGUCCUGUUUGUGGAGAUAAAGUUAGCGGUUACCACUACGGACUGCUCACUUGUGAAUCCUGUAAAGGCUUCUUUAAAAGAACAGUACAGAACAAGAAAGUGUACACUUGCGUCGCAGAACGAGCAUGUCACAUUGACAAGACACAGAGGAAACGUUGCCCUUUCUGCCGCUUCCAGAAGUGCCUCGAUGUCGGCAUGAAACUUGAAGCCGUACGAGCGGAUCGCAUGCGAGGUGGUCGCAAUAAGUUUGGUCCCAUGUAUAAACGCGACCGUGCCCGCAAGUUACAAAUGAUGAGACAAAGGCAAAUAGCAGUGCAGACACUACGUGGCUCUCUCGGAGAGGGUGGGCUUGUUCUUGGAUUCAGCUCGCCAUAUGCCACUGUGCCUGUAAAGCAAGAAAUUCAGAUACCCCAAGUUUCGUCGUUGACGUCAUCACCGGAAUCUUCGCCCGGUCCAGCGUUGCUGGCUGCACAAACCCAGGCGCCCCAGCCACCGCCUCCCCCGGCUCACGACAAGUGGGAAACUCACUCGCCGCAUUCAGCGUCACCGGACGCGUUCGCCUUCGAAACGCCCGCGACAACCACACCCUCCAGCACCGCCGAAGCUACCAGCACCGAAACUCUUCGAGUUUCACCCAUGAUUCGCGAAUUUGUUCAAACAAUAGAUGAUCGAGAGUGGCAAAACUCCCUUUUCGGACUCUUGCAGAGCCAAACUUACAACCAGUGUGAAGUCGAUCUCUUCGAAUUAAUGUGCAAAGUGCUGGACCAAAACUUGUUCUCUCAAGUGGAUUGGGCGAGAAACACCGUGUUCUUUAAGUAUUUAAAGGUCGAUGACCAAAUGAAGCUGCUGCAGCACUCGUGGUCGGACAUGUUGGUGCUUGAUCACCUACACCAGAGGAUGCAUAACGGAUUGCCCGACGAGACCACCCUUCACAACGGCCAGAAGUUCGAUCUACUCUGCCUGGGUCUCCUCGGUGUCCCCUCACUUGCCGAGCACUUCAACGAGCUGCAGAACAAACUUGCUGAAUUGAAGUUUGACGUACCGGACUACAUCUGCGUUAAAUUCUUGCUUUUACUUAAUCCUGAAGUGAGAGGCAUUGUGAACGUAAAAUGCGUCCGAGACGGCUACCAGACAGUUCAAGCUGCUCUUCUCGACUACACGCUUACAUGCUAUCCGACGAUACAGGAUAAAUUUGGAAAAUUGGUGAUGGUGGUCCCAGAGAUACACGCGCUGGCGGCCCGGGGGGAGGAACACCUAUACCAGCGGCACUGCGCGGGCCAGGCGCCCACACAGACGCUUCUCAUGGAAAUGUUACACGCUAAGCGCAAGCCCAAUGGAGCCGAAAUGGUAAACCGGAGUGCGGAUCACACCUCGACUCUAGACAGAUUGUGCGGUUUCCUGCCGAACGACACGAUUGAGCCGCAUUCCCCCAUAUAGAAUCCUGAAAUACCAGUGAAGAGUAAUUGGAGGAACGCAAACGCAACCGCGCCAAGCGCGCCCCUACACCUAUAUGAAUGAUCAUAAAAUUAUUACUUAUUAUUUUAGGUUUAGACUUUAACUUGGUGUGUGAUUAAACGUAAUAAGUUAUUUUGCGCCGAGCGCCUGCCGUCGGCACUGCGCGCCUAGUCCCGAUACAGAUAAGGCCUUUGUUUAUCUGCAUUAUCUCUGUAACAUAAACAUACAAAAAAAUAUUUAACAACUCUUGUAGCUACCAUUAAUUUAUUGAGCAGUGUAAAAACGGUAUAUCGAUAUUUCAUAUAAGUACCUACCUAUGUUAGAUAAACUAGCUUGUCUUAACUCUUGAUGCGUGUAGCGAUGGAAAAUAUUUCAGUGCAUAUUUUAGGAAAGCGUCUGUGAUUAUAAACGAAGAAAUUUGAUGAACCGUUUUAAUUGUUAGUUGAGAUGAUCAUGUUAUGUAUAAAUAAUAGUUUUAUUGCUAAUGCCGUCACGCGGUGACGUAACACUUUACUUAUAAAAACACAAUUGUUAAAUUGAGACUUAAGCAGUUAAAGAUGGAAUGUAUGAGCCAUGUUUAGUUUACUUGUCUAUAUGCUGUAAAAGGCACGCGUGCAUUAGUAUAGUCACUGUUUAUAUUACCCUGGUAAUCAAAAACCUGGUACACCAAUAAAAACCUCAUUUGAUUUAUUAAUAUAUUUUAUACAAUAUAAUUUACAAAUUGUAUAAUUUUUAUUUAAACUUUAAAUUUGGGUGAAGGUAAAUCGACUGUUUGAUUUUAAGACGACGGGAUACCGGUUGUUGUACACAUGUCUGUAGCACCACGAGUCUCCCUGCGACUAGACCAACGCACGCGUGCAACAAUGAUCGGCAAAUAUGUGUUAAUAUAGUUAUCGGAAUGAAAAUAUUUAAGAUUAUAUUGAAGUUGAUGUUUUAACAUUAAAAUUCUCUAUAUGUAUGUAUAUCAUUAAGUCGUAAGAAAUUCAUCAAAAAUCGAGUUAAAAUUUACAGUUGUUUCAUUAAAAUGUUUAUCUAAAUGUUAUGAAGAAUUGUCUGUAUUGAUUUUAUCGGCCGUACCAGUACAAAUAAUUAUUAAUAAAAAUCUCUGUAAAUAUGAUAAUUAGAACGUAACAGUGACUAAAUGCUACUUAUAUUGUAAUUAUGUAAAAUAUUUCUCAAAUACGUGCAAGAAGCCUUAAAAAUCAUAGAUUUUUAAUAAAUAUGGGUACUAGCGUCUACAGGUCUUUGGACGGAAUGGACGAUGUAUUUUUAUAAAGCAUAUUGUUCUUUAUUAACAUAUAUAAUAUGUUAACUGAAAGUACAUUAUUUCGUAUUUUUCUAAAAUAAAUAUAGUAGUGUACGUAUUUAAUUAUAUUGAUCAACUUUUAAUGUGGAAACAGUUAUACAUACUGUAUUAAAAUAAUAUUAUAAAAUAGUGUUAUCAUUGUGUGAUACCUGCGUACAUAUGCGUUACAAAUUUGAUUUGAGAACGUUUUAUUUUUAUAUUUAGGCAACAGUUGAUAGGCAGGCAAGGGCCCGUCAAGCGCACUCGAGCCACUAGUCCGGGUCAGCGUUUAGAGUUCAGUCGAGUUCGUUGAUGAUAUCAGUUCGUCGGGUAUACCCAGAGUUGUCCCGUUACAUACGCCGCCAGCUGGUUUGGCAUAGUUGUAUAAACCAACGAUUGAACUUGACGCGGCUCUUGCACAUUUGGGUACUAAGGUAUGUGAUUGUCAGUUUGCGUUUGAAGUUAAUUUUCAUACAUAAUAAUUAAAUUUAUUUACGGUAUUGCCGCACCAAGUGCGAAAGUUUAUUGAGCGCAUCGACGAGUUUGUAGCAUGAUCGUUUUAUGAGUAAAAUUUCCGUUUACUUUAAUCUAGGCUUGAAUUAUUGUAAUUUAGAAAAUGGCACACCAUCAUUUAUCUUUAAUACCGUCCAGUGAUAACUAAUUUUAAUGUCACGACUUAAAUAACACGUUUUUAUAAAUUGUUUCAGCGAACAUUAUUUUUAUUAACCGCGUCGUUCGAUGAUAAUUUGAUUCGGAUUGCAAUCGCGUCGUACAGGCAAUUUAUUGUUAGAAGAUACAGUUGGACAAUAGAAUGGAAUGGAAAUUAGUACCUGGUGUGUAGUGUAACAUAUAAAAUAAAAACCAACUCCGAUAAAGUUCCUUGAAAUGUGGUGAUGUUAUCAACGUUUAAUAGUAAUUUGAUUCGUCGACAUUGAUUUAAUAAGUGCGUAAUUGUGCAUCGUCUUGUUUUCGUUUUGUCGGCUACUUACUCAUAUUCAUCUCAUGUCUUGGCUGAAUAUGUGGCCACGGAAUCGCCUAAACCCCGCGUGUGCGUCUUGAUAUCUAAACAAAUAGCCUAUUAUAAAUUAAGCUGCUGCUGUUCUUUUGAGUGGUAUGAGUAUAAUUAGAUGAAUGUUUAUAAUUCGUCCACUAUUAUUUGUUUUGUCCCGCGCUUCUCGUUUAUAACUCGUAACAUUUCUGACGGACGGACAACGCACGUAGCUUCACAAGCUUUAGACGCUUUAUCGAAUGCAAAGCUGAUCUGUGAUGGUAUGACAUAGUUAGGUACAUUUAGGCUGUGUGGGUUUACCUGUCCGUGCUUUAGGGGCAGAGCGACAUAUUGUGACCAAUUAUAAAAUAACUUCAACUUGUCCAUAUCCGCUUUAAAAAUUUUUGGCUUCUUCUAUACUAAAAUUUGUUGGUAUAAGAUACGAGUGGCUCUUAUUUUUUUUUUAUAUAAAUUAAGUUUCAUUAAUCUCCCCAUAAAAACGAUAUAAUUACGUAGAUGACCAUGUUACUAGAUAUAUACUUCCCACAUUACCAUUUUAGGUUACCAUUUUAUACAGUAUUUAUAUAUUAUAUUUAUACCAAUAUUGCUAUUAAAACGAACAUAUUACAGUAUUAUUUUUUUGAUUCUUACAUAAUUGAAACAUAAUUGUUAACAAAUUAUCACACCACUAAAUAUCGAAGAACUAUAUCAAUAUUAACUGUUACCAUUUAUGUAUAUUCGUAUUUUUAUUUCGUUUUCACGUAUAUUAUACUUAUAUAUUUAUGUUAUCAAAGGCGAGUGUUAAUAUACUCAAAUCAAAUCAAAUUAUAUCAUAAAAAGAUGAAGUAUGUAUAAUUGUCUAUUUAGCUUAAGUAUAUCUGCCGUACAUAAUAUACAUAAGUAAAUGUUUUAAAGUAAAUAAAUGUAUUUUGAAUUAUAUUCGACACAUCAGUGGUGAUACAAAAUGAGGUCUUGUGCCAUUAGUUAAGUGUUUCGUACAGGGUUCGUAGCCGUGGUGUGCCCUUCCGGCGAACCAGUCGCAUACAACGCUUUUUAUUUAACGUAAAUAUUCGUUUACGUUCUCAUUUAAUUUAUUAAAAAUACUUAGACAAUAACAAUUUUUAAGGUGCCAGUGUUCAAUGUGUUACAUUCAAUUACCUGUCCGAUCGCAACUCUGCGUCGCGCGUUUCAUAUAUACUUUGACAAAUUAACAAACACAAUACUAUUUAUUGAAAUCAAUAUGUAUGCUUAUAAUGUUAAAACCUACUGUCUACUUUUAAGGUUAGUUUGUAAUAUACAGAAUAUGUUGUACUUUAGCGGUCGAAUAAGUAAUAUACAUCUAUAUUUAUGAAUUUAAAUUGAUAAGUAUUUUGAAGUGGUAAGGUAAACGCUGAGUGUUAUUUGUAAAUGUAAAUGUUGGUGUUAAGAGUAUAUAUAGUCGCACACGCGAGCGCGGGCGAGCGUUGGGUGGCGGGCGAGUCACGCAUGCGUCGUAUACGCGACGUACGCGACGUACGCGCACUCGCACUCGCCCACACCGGCCACUGUUUCUUCGCCAGAUUCGUUCGCGCAGUCGUUGUGUACGGUGGCGGCCGCAUUAUUUCUACAAUUCAAACUUUAGUCUGUCAUCAUCACAUAUUUCAUUCGACGAUAAUUAACAAUACUUAAGGCGAUCGGUUACUGGAUGGGAUUGUAUGCGUCACACACAUUCCAAAAUAACACUAAUAGUAACGCUUAGUGACGCUCGACGUACGCGUUACAAUUUGUAAGUUAACCACUUUGUUGUUCAUUAACGAUAAGUUAGAUUUAAUCUCAGUCGAUGUUGUUUAUUUUAGUCUGUGUAUAGUAUUCUAUCGGUUUAAGUUGAUGUGAGGACGUGAAUUUGAGCGAAUCGACAGGCCAAAGCCUGAAGGGUUCAUAUUAGUUGUAAUUUUUAAGUACCUAAGUGAUUAUUUCUGUUGCACCUAACUUUAUUUCGCGAGCCGUGUUAGUUGUAUUUUAUUAAGUAAUUGUACAUAUAGCUAGGGCGAGGUAAACAGAGUUUUGAAUCAUCGUAAAUGGUUAUCGUUGAAUCUACGGGGCUGGCAAAAUACCAAUGCAAUGUUGCAUUUGCUGUUAAAUAAAUCUAUCUAUAGAUGUAAUAUGACUAUUUAUGUUUCACCGUUUGUAAGGCAACCGUGAGGCCACCAUUCUGGUGUUCGGGCUCUGGAUUUUUUAAAGAUGCAUAGCAGCUCCGUCUAAUUUAUACGUAGUACGAAGACUGUUAAACAUUCAUUUAUUUACCAGAGCAGCCGACAUCGAAAACACGCAAGUCGGAACGCGUCCCUCGCAUCUCGGUCCAGUGACCUUUUUAAUUAUUAUUGUAAAUUUAUAGUACAUAUAUUAAGUCCCCGCAUAAAGUAAGCAACAAAAGUAAAUGUGAAUCUGCUUCUAUAUUAACUGAACACAGGAAACAAAUGAAACAAUUUAAUUCUUAUUAAACUGGUUCAAUAAACUCACAUCACCUUAGACAUCACUAUGUAAUAUGAACGGAAUGGAUUUGGAAACAUCGCUAACAAUAUAUUAUUUUUUAAAUUGUAAUUUAAGUGACUUUAGUUUUAAUAUUAUGUUCGUUAGUGCGCGGGAGCCUCACAGAAGGGCAUAUGAGAUACAUGAGCUGUGUAAAGUACUUACUAAAAUACGAGUCGUUCAGUUAAUACUGAAGCAGUUGAGAAAUACCUUAACAUUGUACCGCGUCAUUACUCAUUACCUCACAUAUUAUCUUUUGUACAUUUCAAAAUAAUAGUUAUUGUUGUCAUUAUAAACUAAUUUUAUUGUCUAUAUUAUUUUGAAAUUUCAAAUUGAGAACAACAAUGAUCUAUUUUUAGAAGGCCACUUAGAUACAUGUAUAUGGCGGUGUCACUCGUAUAUCGUCAGUAUAUUUAUUUUCUUUGUGAUUAAUAAAUAUUGUGAGACGCACGUACGCCGGUGGCGCUUGCUCGCGCUGCCGACCGUUAUUGUAGAAAUAAAUAAUAUUUUCGUUUAAA